AUGUUGUUUCAAUUCGGUCGUGGUAAUGCCUUUAUGGCAGUGUUUAUCAUUGGGGUAUUAAUGAUUAGCAGGGUUCAAUCACUUCUAAUUGAUCCAGCUUCAAUAGCUCCCCAUUGGGAGAAUGUUCAUUAUUUACGUUCCAUUGAUUUGACUCGUGGGUAUGUGAGAGAAACCGACUUGAUUGAAAUCAAGAACAUUGAUAGUAAACCCCAACGGGAAUAUACUUUUACUAUCAAUGAUGGAUUUGAAGUAGUUCCAAAAGUUUCUAUACUUGCAGUUUCUUUAGUUGAUAAGGCAAUUGAAGUUGAGCCAACAUCAAUUGGAAAAAAUAUUUUCAAAUUCAAAUUACCAUUCCCAAUAGCUCCAAAUCAAAAUGUCGAAAUUAAAGUUCGUUAUAUUUACACCAAUGCUUUAACUCCAUUACCAGCUAAGAUUGCAAUGGAUGAAAAACAAAACCUUUUAGCUAAACUCAAUAAAUUACCUUAUUCUCCUUAUCCAACCAAAGAAUAUUCUUUAACUUUCACUGGUUUACUGAAAGGUCAAGAAAUGCAAUUAAAUCUCCCAAAUCUUGAUGAAAUUAAAGCUUCAUCGGAUUAUAAUGUUCCAUCAACUUUAAAACCAAGAGUUGAAGAUAAGUCAUUGAAAUAUGGUCCAAUAAUUGAUGAUAUUCCAUCAUUUAGCAUUGAACCAAUGGGAUUAUUAUAUGAACAUAAUAGACCAAUUGCAAAAGUUAAUAAUUUACAAAGAUCGAUCUGGUUACCAGCUUCAGGAGUUGAUCAAUUAUCGAUUGAAGAAUACUAUGAAUUGACCAAUGACGCUGCUGAAUUAUCCUCAGGUUUUUCCAGAGUGGAUUAUAUGAAAGGUAGAUAUGAACAUAUUCGUAAACAUUUUUCAAUAAGUCAUUUGGAAAUUCCUUUGACUUCAAAUAGAAACUUCGAUGAUUAUUACUAUACUGAUCAUGUCGGGGUUGUUUCAACUCAUCAAGUGGCUCAAAACCAUUUAAUUUUACAACCAAGAUUCCCAAUUUUCGGUGGUUGGAAUUAUAAUUUUACCUUAGGUUGGAAUAAUAAAUUUAGUGAUUUUGUUCAUAAAGUUUUAGAUCAAGAAGAUACUUAUAUUAUUAAAGUCCCUCUUUUGAAUACUGUUCGUGACGUCUUUUAUGAUAAUGCUUAUAUCAACUUUUAUUUACCAGAAAAUGCUGAAUUUGUUAACGUAUCAAGUCCCAUUGAUUUUGAAUCAGUUAACGUCGAUAAUGAAUUAAGUUAUUUGGAUGUUUCAAAAGGUCACGUUAAGGUAACAGUUCAUUUUAAAGAUUUAAUUGAUGAUUUACAUAAACUUGAUCUCUUUGUUAGCUACAAAUACACUCCUUCUCAUUACUGGACUAAAGUUUUGAAAAUUGCCGCUUUUGCCUUUGUUGGUUUAACCAGUUAUUAUUUGAUUGGUUUAAUCGAUAUCAGCAUCGAUAAAGAACACAAAUCAGUUGUUGAGGAAAACAAUUAA